GAAGAAUUAGCGUGGUUGCAUGGGAGGAGGGGCACUGCAUCUGCAUGCCUGCCUCCUCUAUAAAAGCCCAGCCCCCGGCCUUCCCAGCUGCACACCACAGCAAGCUCCAGCCAGGGAUCAGAUCACACAGAGAGCAAACUCUCCAACUUUCAUCAUUCUCAUCUCUUCAGUUCAUCAAGCUAAAUGGGGAGCAUGAGGAGCCAAGGCAAGCAAGGGGGGAGGGUGAGCAGAACUCUGAAAGAGCACCGAGCCAGGCUCUACAUUAUCCGUAGGUGCAUCGUCAUGCUCCUUUGCUGGCAUGACUGAGCUCCAAGGUGCUUUCUCCUCCAUGGAACCCAUCCAUCAAGGGUCCAUGCAUGGAGAAGUCACACACUUAGAUAGGGAAGUAUCA